CUUUUAUUCUAUCUAUAUCAGGAACCUGGAAGAGCAGAAGCUGAUUUUGGACGCUUUGAUGCAAAGACUGUCGUGCGAAAUGUUUACAUCCUUUUCUCAAGAAGUGAAAUACCAAUAGCUAAUGAAAACCAAGAGAUCAUGGAUUUGGUGGAACCUGAUACUCCUCUUCCCGCUUGGUUCACGGAGGAAGAUCUUGAAACAUAUGGAGCCUUGUAUGAGAAAUCUGGAUUCCAAACUGCAUUGCAGAUUCCAUAUAGGUCAUUAGGUAAGGUGUUUAACUUACCAGAUCCUGUGGUUAAAGUUCCAGCACUUCUGAUAGUGGGUGGCAAGGAUUAUGUUCUGAAGUUUCCAGGGAUAGAGGAUUUAACAAAGGGUGAAAAAGCAAAAGAGCACGUUCCCAAUUUGGAGGUUACAUUUAUCCCCGAGGGAACUCAUUUCGUUCAAGAACAGUUUCCCGCACAGGUGAAUAAAUUUAUCCUUGACUUCUUUGGCAAACACACCUGAUAGUAGACUUAAGCGUGGAAAUAGCCACGAAGGAAUGGUCAAUGUUAAGUGAAGUAUGGGAUGAUGCAAACAAUUAAUAAAAAUGUUAUUUUUGAUU